AUGUUUGACUGCCGUCAACCAACAGAUUUUAACUACUUGUCAUCUUACGAGGAAAUCUUGGAGUUGGGAGAUAUCCUACGAAAACACAUUGAUGAAUUGAUGCAAUAUUCCAACAGUUCCAAACAACGACAAAAUUCUGCUGUUAUGCAGUACAUUAAUGCUACCAAUCUUGUACGAUACAGUUUUGCUCUCUCUGGUUCGGGGCAACCUUGGAAAUGUGUCAGUGAAAGAUAUUUUAAGACAGAAAGCAUCUCGCCGACUGACUACUUAGCACUGGGUGGGUGUUUGGAAAAUCAUCAAGGAAUAAACCAGUUGUGUACUGAUCCAAAAUUCACUGAUUUUUAUCAAAUGUUUCCUGUCACUGCACACUCUCAUUACACAGAAACAUAUGCCAAUGUUUUCUGCUUCUUAUGUAAUAAAAAGAAUAUUGAUGACCAAAUCUUAAACAGCCUUGCUUAUGACCUGGAUGUCUGGGAACUGAUCAUUGAAUGUAAAACUUACGUAAAUUACAAAUUCUUCAACUCCAUGCAAGCCUACAUUAACUUUGUUGAAGAAAAUAAUUGUCUUUUAAAAUUCAAAAAACGUAGAAAUGGAUUAAACUGCAGGGACAUGUAUACUUCGGAUAGAAAGGGUGUUGGGAGGUGUAAUGUCGACGGAUCACAGACUUCACUUGACUAUGACAUUCUAUUUGCAUGUGAAAGGUCAGAAGAUUAUAGAUUUCCAAGAGUCAUUUCUGAGGGAAUUUUGUAUAGAAACAAGUUCUGUUUAAUUUGCAACUCAAGAAAAGUUCCGUCCACAGAUAUUAUUGAUACGUGUUCAUCAAACAGCACAACUAGUUCAAGCCUAAUACAGAAAGCAUGUCAUGAGUUUCCAAGCAUUCAUGUCUGUACCAAUUUUCGAAACGUAUUUUGCGAGAUGUGCAAUGAAGUUUACAGGUGGUGUUUUUUCCUUUAUGAUGACAAGCAAGAGCCUGCGACAGGUCCGCCAAUUAUUCCAACCGUUGGACCAACGCCACUAGGGUUCAGAUCGGUCUUUUCUCUUUUGGACUAUGAUAAUGUGGCCGUGAAAUCAAAAACGACGUCCUGUUCUUCCAAUCAAAUCUACGAUGAUUUUCAGAAUGAAUGUAUGAAUAUCACCUGUUUUCCUGGUAAAACUUUGAUGAAUGGUAGCUGUCUGUCCCUCCUGAGGAACACAGAAAACCUACGAUAUACGAUGGCCGUGAGAUUCAAAUUCAUUGAGAUUACCAGCAACAUCUCCUUAUACAAUUACAUGGUGAACAUCCGCAAGUUAAUUAAAAGAGAUCUUUCUUAUUCCUUCACGGGAACAAUUUUAGUGGAAGAUAUUCUACUCAUGUCGAAAGGAAACUGCAACUAUAGAGCAAACAGGUUGGAUGAUAUGUAUAUGUAUCUAAAAAUCUUUUUCCCGUUUAGUAUUGAACGCGACAAGGUAGAAAAUCAGCUUAUUUCUUUGACAAACAAUUCAGUAUUAUGGAACAAUUAUUUUCCUGACGUUUGGAAAGUAAAAGUUAUACCAGAUCAGACUUCAAUAUUCUUACCUUCAUUGCUUUGGAAACUAGACCGCGAAGAAAACUGCUGGCUUUUUCCAGAAAAACUUCAAUAUGGUAAAUCUGUUUUUCGAAAUGUGUUAGUUGCUCCUUUGUUAACUUGUAACCAAUUAGUUAUGGAUAAUGAUGCGUUUGGUGUACCAUGGAAAAAUAUUCGUUUCGAGUAUUCUCAGAAGGGAAUAACACUGACGUUUCACCAGUUUCAGAGCUUUGACAAUUCUGGGAUUCGGGUCUGCGUAGAUGAUCUUGCUUACUACGUGGAUACUUUUAGAUUUCGUUUUAAAAAUGAAAAAAAUACAUCAUUAAUGAUGUUGAACAUUGUUUGUAUUGGAAUUUCUCUUGUAUGUCUGUUAUUAACAUUCGUAACAUAUGCCUCUUUUAAAAGUCUUAGAACCAUACCAGGGCUUAAUAACAUGUUUCUUAUAUCUUCCUUAUUUUUUGCUCAGUUACUUUUAAUAGUAAGACCAUUUUUAAGUAUCAAGGAUUUCAACACAUCGACAGUUUUUCUUUCGUCAUUAACUCACUUUUUCUGGCUAGCGACAUUCUUUUGGCUACAAAUUUGUUCCUUUCAUAUGUUUCGAGUUUUCACCUCUAGAUUCGGCAUUGACAAAAGAACGGAUUGUCAUAAAAAUACAAUACUGAAAUACAUAUUAUAUGGAUUUGGAACGUCUGCAUCUAUAGUGCUACUCAAUAUUGUCAUAUCAGUUAUAAUUUCUUCAGGUGAAACUACGGGCUAUGACAAGACAUCCACCUUGAUGACACAUAGAACUGCAUUCAUUGUUACUCUCAUAUGCCCUCUUACAUAUGUGUGUCUCACGAAUAUAAUAUUUUACAUAUCGGCAGUCUAUAAAAUUUUAUCAAGUCCACAUAUUGAAAAUUCUACUGGAAACAGGAUUCACUUCUCAGUGUAUAUAAAGCUGUUCUCAAUAACGGGGUUAACGUGGGUUCUUCAGAUAGUUGACAUGUUUCUCACGGUCUCUUUUCUCUCUUACAUUGUUGCAAUCUUAAAUGGUCUACAGGGAUUAUUUAUUUUCAUAAGUUAUGUUUGCAACAUAAGAGUGUGCAAAAUGUGGAUAAGCAUUUUUCGAACAUUGUCUUCGACAUCUUCCAAUUCCAAUUCCAUUCUCCAUUCAGUUAGAUCUGAAACCACAGCUCUUUAA